UUUGAAUUUUCAUUCGCUGCAAUUGAUUUGUUUGACUAAUGGUUCCCUGUCCUAAGGAUGGCGUAACCUCCACACCUAACUUGAAAAGGUGUGAAGGGAAAAAACUAACACCUUGCUGCAAGAAAUUAGGGCCUCAUUUAGUGCUUUGUACCUGUUCCUGGAAGACCUAUAUAAGCCCAGAGUGUAGCCUUGAGAUACUUCCACCAGUAUAUCAGAACUUCACCCUCUGAUCAACUUCAAGAAUUCUGUACUCCAUGGGGUUAGAUAAUUGCUCUGGUAAACAAGUACUGACUUUGAGGCCAGUAUCCUUGACAACCUUUCAUAGAGAAGAAGAGAUGGAGAAGCAAAGGUGGGGGCUGCGUAAAUUGGUGCUGGUUCCAUGUCCAUUUCAGGGGCACAUAAAUCCGAUGCUUCAGCUCGGCAACCUUCUUCAUGCCAUUGGCUUCUCCAUUACAGUGGCACACACUAGAUUCAACUUUCCUAAUCCAGACAAUCACCCUGAUUUUACUUUUCUGCCAAUACAAGACACCCUGUUUGAUCGAGACGCCUCCUCCAUGGAUGUUACAGAUGUCAUAUCGUGUCUUAACAUCAGCUGCAAAGCCCCACUCAAGAACUCGUUAACCCAGAUAAUGGAAAGGGAGAAGGAAGAUCAUAGUCACAAGCUCCCUUGUAUCAUCUAUGAUGGAUCUAUGUACUUUGCAGAAGCUGUCGCACAUGAACUGGAGCUUCCAAGCAUCAUGUUGAGAACCACUAGUGCUGCCACUUUUCUCACAUACUAUUCAUUUCCACAACUCCUGAGAGAGGGUUAUCUUCCCUUGCAAGAAGCCAUGUCACUGGCCCUAGUGCCUGGCCUUUAUCCCCUCAGAUUCAAGGAUCUGCCCAUAGCCAAUUUCAAAAAUAAAAAUCUAGAUAUCUUACUGCAGCAAACAACAAGAACUAGUGAUAUAAGAUCAUCGUCAGCCAUCAUUUGCAAUACUAUAGACUGCCUUGAACAGUCAUCACUGGCACGGUUACAACAACAGUGCAAAGUUCCUGUCUUUCCUAUAGGCCCUCUUCAUACUAUUGUUCCAACUGCCUCAAGCGGUUUACUGAAAGAUGAUAGAAGCUGCAUAGAAUGGCUUGACAAGCAGACUCAUAACUCAGUUUUAUAUGUGAGCCUAGGAAGCAUAGCUUCCAUGAAUAAGAACGAGUUAAGGGAAAUGGCUAAAGGACUGACUAACAGCAGGCAACCUUUCUUAUGGGUGCUCAGGCCAGGUUCAUUAUUGCCUGAUGAUUUCAAUGAACUUAUUGGAGAAAGAGGCCUAAUUGUGAAAUGGGCACCUCAAAAGGAAGUAUUGGCACAUAAGGCCAUUGGAGGUUUUUGGAGCCAUUGUGGCUGGAACUCAACCCUGGAAAGUAUUUGUGCAGGUGUUCCAAUGAUUUGUCAACCCUGUUUCGGGGAUCAAAGAGUGAAUGCAAGACUUCUGACCCAUGUAUGGAAAGUAGGUUUGGCAAUGGACAGUAGCUUGGUAAGCAUAGAGAUAGAAAAGGCCAUAAGAAGGCUUAUGCUGGAUGUAGAAGGGCAUGAGUUAAGGCGUAAGAUAAUCAAUUUGAAGGAGAAGAUAGAACUUUGCACGCAGGAAGGUGCUUCUUUCUACAAUUCGUUGAGUGAGUUGAGAAAAUGUAUCUUGUCAUGCUAAAUGAAUAAAAGCAAGUCAUUAGUAGUUAUCUGCAAGAUGUCGAUAACGUUCUGUAUCUUGAAUCUUGAUAAUAAACAUCUCAACUAUAUGUAUGACCAACUUUUAUCAAUGCCACUGCUGUUUCUGCAAUGCCAUUGCCCUAGGCCCCACCAGGGCUGAUCACCAAGUUGAAAUUGUAGGAACUGUGAACGUUUUCCAUCUGA